UAAGACCGACAAUUUACAAUUCUUAGAACGUUUCCAUAGAUCCAGUGUGUAACAAUACGAAGACGAAGAUUAACAGAAGACUUGUAUAAAUAUUUCAAUUGUGCGUUGAGCGUUUGCUUGUAAAGCCAUUGUACACUAGCUCAAAUUAUAGUUGAAAACUCGUUGAAAAACGAGGAAAAGGUUUUUCAGCUCGACGAGUUAUGCGACCCAAAGUCACUAAAAACAUGUGAGAAAGUAAUGCUUAAUGAAAGCGAAAUCUCUGUCGUUGAUGAAUAAAAAAGAAAUUGCGAGUCCAGCCUGUUUUCCUGCCGCGCAAUAAUGAGCUUAUUCGCUUGGUCCGCGUGCAAGCGCGAGCGCGCGGCCUGCAAUUACAGAGAGAAAGCUAUAUAAACGCGUGCCCACACUUGCGUACAGGCAGAUAUAUACAGAAGUACACAUAAACGGGGCGGCUGGAACGGCAGACAGGGCGGAGGGUUGCUGCAGGCGUAUCGGUUGCGCGCGCAACGUGUAUCCGGUACCAGGGCGCGCGUCUCACGCUUCCCAGUUCGAAUUGUAACGCAGUCGGGCUGCGCGCUGGGCUCGAGCAGAUACUCGACACUUUGGUCAAGGAAGAGACGCGUUUUGCUGCGAGAUCGGCAGCUCUUUCUCUCUCUCUCUCUCUCUCUCUUUCCCUCGGCGCGCCCUCGAUAACUUUCGAUAGUCACGGCUGACGUUGGUCACGCAGACGAGCAGCGAGACACGUACGCCAGUGCAGAUAUAUCGUCGCUGGGAAGAAAUGUGACAGUCGACAAGUGAAGCACAACGAGAUCGAUUGCCUCCGAAGGAAUCCUCGACCGUCGGCAAAGUGCAAUACGAGAAACAAGUGAAUCGCGAUGAUUGGCCAGUCGACCAGCAACGACGAGCAGCAGCAGGAGCAACAGCAGCAGCAGCAGCAGCAGCAUUUGAAGCGUCGCGCUUUGGAGGAGCUUUGCGACGAAGUGUGCGGUCAUCAACACAAUCGACAGCCCUUGGCCAAAAGACCGCGUCUGGCCGACUUGCAACUUCUCGAGCAUGAUUUAGCCAAUUUGCAAUACGAGCCGUUCGAGAAUGCGCAUCAUUACAACUAUCACUGGCACGAUCAAGUGAGUCACAAGGAUCAAGAAGCUCCGGUAGCGAGGCUCGAGGUCUUGGUGGUGGACGGUACUUGGGAUGAGGCGCUGGAAAGCUUCGAGGCUGUGGCGGCGGCGGGGCAAGCCUGCGGAGUUGCGCCACUGACGGAGCUGACGUCGUCGACGCAGCCGUCGAUGCAGCAGCAACCACAGCACGAUCCACUGGCGAGUUGCGACUUUCCCGAGGUCUUCUGGAAUCAACAGCAGCAGCAGCAGCAGCAGCAGCAGCAGCAGCAGCAGCAGUCAACGACAACGAUGCCAAGGUCAACGAACCAUCAUCACCAUUAUCACCAUCACACCGAAAGCGUCAGAUCUAGAGCGAUCAAUGGCCUCGGCGCGCCACCCACUUACGAGGACCAGGAGAACGGUAACUUGUCGUGGCUGCUAGAUUUCAAGCUGGACUCACUGAUCGAAGCGCCCGAGGAGAGGAGCACGACUCUGUUGCCCAGGGACGUGCAGGGUAUCAAGGGCAAGUUCAACGGCAGCAGCGGCGGCAACAAUAACUACAGCGGUGGCGGCGGUGGCGGCGGUAGCAACAGCAGCAGCAGCAGCAGCAGCAGCAGCAGCAGCAGCAGCAGUAGCAGCAGCAGUAGCAGUAGCAGCAGCGCGAGUGGCAAAUCGCCGAACGGCCUUUACCCGUUUAGCGAUGGGGCGAGAAAGUCCACGUUUAACGCGGAGCCGUCGGCGUACGGCGGCCCGCUCCCACCGGAGAUCCGCGGCACGCGAGCGGCGGGCCCGAAGAAGCCGCCGUUCACCUACACCGAGCUCAUCGAGCACGCGCUGCAGGAGCGCGGCGAGCUCACCGUCUCCGCAAUCUACCAGUGGAUCUCAGAACACUUCCCUUACUACAAGAGCAACGACGACCGAUGGAAGAACUCGGUACGGCACAAUCUGUCGAUCAACCCGCACUUCCGCAAGGGCUCGAAAGCGCCGCACGGAGCUGGUCACUUGUGGGCCAUCGCUAGUCAAGACGAGGGCAAGUCGCGCCAGUUGUUCAAUAUCGCGUCGAUCAGGCAAGCUCUGCAGAAGGAGGAGGCUAUGAAGAACAACGCGCACAGCGCGGUGAUAGACGAGGUCGCUGCUGCGACCGCGAGCAUCGCUCAGCCACCCGAAGAGGAGAACAUCGUCGACUCGAUAACGCUGGAGCACUGCGCCGAGCAAAUCCUGAGCGGCAUCAAGAGAGAAGUCGAAGUGCAGUAUCUUGUGCCGAUGAUGGUUUCCGGUAACGGCGAGGUUGCGCACAAUCAGCAGAGCCAGCAAAGUAAUGCGACGGAUCCGCUGUGUCCACUCAGAGAAACAGACUUCCUCAAUCCAGUGUCCAAAGAAGUGGUGGCCGAGGAAUGCGGUUUGAUUGGUGAAGGCUACCUGGUGACCGAUCUGAAUCCUUCUUCGCUUGGACUGAACAUGGCCGAGUCGGAAAUUGUGACUACGGACAAUCUAUUCGGUGAAGAGCUGAGCUUCCAGUUCUACGAGUUCGCUGCAGCUUCACAACUGCAGUCCGCCUGACAGAUCCAUUUUGUUCUCGUCGAUCAUCGUCAUCCUCAUUGCCAUCGCAAUGAAACCGAGUACAUACUACCCGACGAGUGCUGCGAACUUUUGCACAGUGCCUAACCAAGACCGAGCCCUCUAGUCCUGCAAUGUAAUCGCGACUUUUCUCCCCCUUGCCGUCCGUCUAACGUUUUAUCCAUUUUUCUUUUUUGUAUUAGCCAAGGGAUUAUCAAAUACAAU